GCUGUGCUGGAAACCCCGUAUAGCCUGUUGGGGCUCAAGAUGGCUGAAUACUCACGGGGGACUGUUAGCAAAUAUCCGAGCAAGACAUCGGGAAUGAAUGGCAAAUAGCAAUGCGGUGUAAAGCAAAACCCUCGAAGUAAUUUGACGCUCACGACUAGUUGCUUUGCAUUAUUUUUGGCAUGUAUAAGUACCAGAAAGGAGAGAGUUUUCUCUCCGCGGCCCCGAGCCAGAACAUGGCGGAACACUUUGGGAAGAAAUAGCAGCUAGCGCUAGCCAGCUGGCGCAUUAUUGAGUAACAUUGUUUAGCAUCAAAACAAACGAUCAGUACUGCCCGCAAGUGUGAGAAUAAUGUUUUCGGUGUGCAGCUGGGGUCAUUUUGCCUUAACACGGUCAAUAUACGAAUUGCUCGGAUUUGGUUUACGAGGAGGCAAGUCAACUCGUUAGCUUUGCUAUUCGCUAACGUUGCGUGUGUGUGUUGAGCGCAACUAACAACGGGGAGAGUGUUUGGGGGAUAAUUGGUCGACUUUUGGAUUUAUUCUCCCAAAUAAGGGCACGUAAUUCAUGUCACCAUUGCGUGGUGUUGAUGUGUAAACUCCCACCACGUCCGCGUUGUAUAUUUAACAUGUUUUGUUGUUAUUACUCAUCACGUUGGCUUUUAUGUAAUACCCGGUGAUAAAAAUCUUUUGGUGGAAAUCAUAUAGUGUAAAAUACAUUGGUGUGAAUAUAGAGCUGCACUUGUGACGGAGGAAUUGUCAGGUCAUCUGACAAGCUCGAUUGGUGGACCCGGUCCGAGAGGUGAAUUGGACGUUGUGGCGUUACUAAGGUGAAGCAGGUACCCCUGUAACAGCCCAUCACGGGUUGGGUGGAAGGUGGGGACCGCUCACGACCACCUGCCAGGAUGACGGACACUCGACGAAGAGUCAAAGUUUAUACCCUCAAUGAGGACAGACAGUGGGACGACCGCGGUACCGGACACGUCUCUUCCGGGUAUGUGGACCGACUGAAGGGGACGUCUCUUGUGGUGCGAGCCGAAAGUGACGGUUCUCUACUACUGGAGUCCAAAAUAAACACAAACACAGCAUACCAGAAACAGCAGGAUACGCUGAUCGUGUGGUCAGAGGCUGAAAACUACGAUUUGGCCCUCAGCUUCCAGGAGAAAGCCGGUUGCGAUGAAAUCUGGGAGAAGAUUUGCCAGGUGCAAGGAAAGGACCCGUCUGUGGACAUCACCCAAGAUGUUGUGGAUGAGCUGGAAGAGGAACGCUUCGAUGACAUGUCAUCGCCCGGUUUGGAGCUGCCGCCGUGCGAGUUGACUCGUCUGGAGGACUUGGCGGAGCUGGUGGCCUCCUCGCUGCCUUCGCCGCUGCGGCGCGAGAAACUGGCGCUGGCCGUCGAGAACGAGGGCUACAUCCGCAAACUCCUGGAACUGUUCCGCGUGUGCGAGGAUCUGGAGAACCGGGAGGGACUGCACCACCUCUACGAAAUCAUCAAAGGCAUUUUUCUACUCAACCGCACGGCGCUCUUCGAGGUCAUGUUCUCGGACGAGUGCAUCAUGGACGUCAUCGGCUGUCUGGAAUUUGACCCGGCGCUCCAGCAGCCGCGGCGGCACCGCGAGUUCCUCACCAAAACGGCCCGCUUUAAGGAGGUGAUCCCCAUCUCGGACCCUGAACUGCGUCAGAAAAUCCACCAGACGUAUCGGGUGCAGUACAUUCAGGACAUGGUGCUGCCCACGCCCUCCGUCUUUGAGGAGAACAUGCUGUCCACCCUGCACUCCUUCAUCUUCUUCAACAAGGUGGAGAUUGUGGGCAUGCUUCAGGACGAUGAGAAGUUCCUGACAGAUCUUUUUGCACAGCUAACAGACGAGGCGACAGACGACGACAAAAGACACGAGCUGGUUAACUUCCUGAAGGAAUUCUGCGCGUUCUCACAAACAUUACAACCUCAAAACAGAGAUGCCUUCUUCAAGACACUGUCGAAUAUGGGCAUUCUUCCCGCGCUGGAGGUCAUACUGGGAAUGGAUGACGUUCAGGUGCGGGGGGCGGCCACCGAUAUCUUCUCUUAUCUGGUGGAGUACAACCCCUCCAUGGUGCGGGAAUUUGUUAUGCAGGAGUCUCAGCAAAAUGAUGACGACAUCCUACUGAUCAACCUCAUCAUCGAACACAUGAUCUGUGACACGGACCCCGAGUUGGGAGGGGCCGUGCAGCUGAUGGGUCUGCUCCGAACCUUGGUGGAUCCAGAGAACAUGCUGGCUACUGUGAAUAAAACGGAAAAGACGGAGUUUCUCAGCUUCUUCUACAAGCACUGCAUGCACGUCCUGUCAGCUCCGCUACUGGCCAACACCACCGAGGAGAAGCCGAGCAAAGAUGACUUCCAAACCUCGCAGUUGUUAGCGCUCAUUCUGGAACUGCUCACCUUCUGCGUGGAGCACCACACCUAUCACAUCAAGAACUACAUCAUCAACAAGGACAUUCUCAGGAGGGUCCUGGUGCUCACAGCAUCCCAGCACGCCUUCUUGGCACUAUGUGCCCUGCGCUUCAUGCGGAGAAUCAUUGGUCUGAAAGACGAAUUCUACAACCGCUACAUUAUGAGAAACUUCCUCUUUGAGCCCGUGGUGAAGGCCUUUCUCAAGAACGGCUCGCGUUACAAUCUCAUGAACUCGGCCAUCAUCGAGAUGUUUGAGUAUGUCCGUGUGGAGGAUGUGAAAUCUCUCACCGCUCACAUCAUUGAGAAUUAUUGGAAGGCUCUGGAGGACGUGGACUAUGUCCAGACCUUCAAGGGCCUCAAGCUGCGCUACGAACAGCAGCGCGAGAGGCAGGACAACCCCAAACUAGACAGCAUGCGCUCCAUCCUGAGGAACCACCGGUUCCGUCGCGACGCACGCACGCUGGAGGAUGAGGAGGAGAUGUGGUUCAACACGGACGAGGAAGACCUCGAGGAUGGCGAGGCUGUCGUGCGUCCCUCGGAAAAGAUGAAGAGCGAGGAGGACCUCAUGGAGCCUAUUAGCAAAUUCAUGGAGAGGAAAAAAUUGAAAGACACUGACGACAAGGACGUUCUGGGGAAGUCGAGCUUGUCGGGCAGGCAGAACCCGAGCUUCAAACUCUCUUUCUCCGGCGCCACCAAAACCAGCCUGUCAAGCCCGCCGUCGUCCGGCUCCCCGAACCCCGGUUCUCCCGGCUCACCGGAGUCUCCAAGCUCGGGAACGCGGAGCUCAGGUGCCACGCCAGCGGUAACCACAAAGGGGGGAUUAGUGGGACUGGUGGACUAUCCCGAUGACGACGAAGACGAGGAGGAGGACGAGGAGGAGGACGGCGAGAGUAAAGACGACCCCCUGCCGCCUUCGAAAAAGUCCAAACUGAACUCCUAAAAGACACGCCGCCAUUUCCUCUUUGCGCUCCAGUCAGACGUUUUCAGCAAUUUCUUCUUCACACGGGAACGAUCAACCCUCAACAAACGGAACGAACGAAAAGCCGCACUCUGCCGCCGCCGCCGGAGGAGACGGGACGCCAACGGAUUCUUCCUCCUCCUCACCUUUGAUCAGCCCGAUUCAAACAAGUGCCAAUCAUACGAGCGGGAGGGAACCGCGUCUUGACGGGAUGGACGUCAAGUCGAGGCGGAGGAAUGGCCGCGCAGUGAGACAAGCGCUGGAAAAGACCACAUGAAAAAAAAAAAAGAAAACAAAAAAAAACAUGUAUAUGCAGACUGAAAUCCCCCAAGAGCUAGCGCACUUGGAUCAUAAUCCCACUGAACACCCCCCCCCCCCCCACUCAGGGAAGGACAUCAUUUGGCCAAAUGGUUCAGCCAAUUCAGACCCAAACACUCAAAGCCCUCUCGAGAAUCUUCUUCUCGUUCUUUUCUUCCUCUCCUCCUCGUCCGUUGCGUUCGUGUUCUUUAAGUUAGCAUCGAGGACCAGAUAAAAGAAAGCCGUCUUGUAGUUUGAUCAUGUCAUCAGUGUUGUCGUUCUCCGGCAGAUGUUUGGUUUUUCGAAGAGGAGAAAGGAGGGGGAAAAAAAGCCAGCGUUUUAUUUCGUUUUCUCACUUUGUCUCACAAACCCUUCUCCUGUUGCUUUUUUUGUUUUUUUUUCCUCCCUCUUUACGUUUUUGUAAACGACGACAAAAAGAGACCUGCCUUUAAACGUUCAGGAUGUUUUCAGUCACUCUUGAACAGGUUUUUAAAGACCUCAGUAGGUGAGCUAGUUUUACCAUUUUUGCCCUUUGAAACUGCAGAUUUUUUGGAGAAAUUUGUAAUCCCGUCUUGAUUAAAGAUUGAGUGGAAUUCUAGAUAUGAUGUAUUUUGUCAUAUCUUCUCAUUUUUGUUUCCUUUUACAUGAGUGUACACUUAGUUGUUCGGAAUACUUGGGACCAUUAAAAAGAACUUUGCUGUAA